ACCAAUGUCUGUAAACAAUAGCAUGCUUUCAUUUUUGAUGCUUUAACGUGUUUAAUUUCAUCAAUUUAAAUUAAAUUUGUUUUGAAAAGUUUAUUAAAUAAAAUAUUUAUUUCGUGUAUUGAAAUGACUUCUAAAAAGAUCGACAGUCGAAUUAAAUUAUUACUAGACAGUAAUAACGUCCAAAAGAAACGAAGUAUUUUUGCCAUUUGUGGGGAGAAACCACAUCUUGUUGUACCAAUUCUGUUCAACUUUCUUCGUAAACCUAAAGGUACAGUGUUAUGGUGUUUUAAAAAAAGUCCAGCUCACAAAGAGAAAAAGUUAAAAAAUAAAUUCAAAAAAAGAAGAGUCGACCCUGAUGAAGAUCCAUUCGAGCUAUUCAUUAGGUCAGCAUCAAUCAGGUGGUGUUAUUAUAAUGAGACUGAUCGAAUUCUUGGUAACAGUUAUGACCUGCUGGUUAUUCAAGAUUUUGAAGCUCUCACACCAAAUGUUCUUGCUCGGACAAUUGAAACAGUGAAUGGUGGAGGAAUCGUUAUUUUCUUGUUGAAAUCCAUGGAAUCUAUUGAGUGUUUGGUUAUGGAUGUGCACAAAAAAUAUCAAACCGAAAUGCAUAAGGAUGUUGUCUCCAGAUUUAACACACGUUUCAUCUCAUCUUUGAAAAAUUGCAAAAGUUUUGUAGCUGUGGAUGGCCUUUUCAACCCUCUUCAUAUUCCUGAUAAUAUUGAAGAAAUUGAAUCGAGCCAAAAACCAAAUCAAAAUGAAAUAAAAAAAUUAAGCAGCUCUUUUGAAUCAAACCCAUUGAUUGGACCAUUGGUAAAUUUAUGUGCAACAUUGGAUCAAUCAAAAGCUGUGGUUUCAAUGAUUGAAUCGUUGGCUGACAAAACUUUGAGGACAACAGUUUCCUUAACAGCUUCUCGUGGACGUGGUAAAUCAGCUGCUUUAGGCCUUGCUGUUGCCGGUGCAAUUGCAAAUAAUUUUUGCAAUAUUUUUGUUACUUCGCCAUCUCCGGAGAAUCUUAAAACAUUUUUUGAAUUUGUGAUCAAAGGACUUAGUGCCUUGAAUCUGAAACAGAACUUUGAUUUUGAUGUAAUCAACUCGAAUGAGCCAUCACAUAACAAGUCGAUUGUUACGAUUAAUAUUUUAAAUCAAUUUAAUCAAAAAAUUCAAUAUGUGCCACCCAAGGAGAUGUCUGAAAACAGUUUGAUGAAAAAGUCUGCUGAAUUAAUAAUCAUAGAUGAAGCCGCAGCUAUCCCAUUACCAAUUGUCAAGUCAUUUUUGGGACCAUAUUUAGUUUUUUUAUCUUCAACAAUUGAUGGUUAUGAAGGAACCGGUCGGGCAUUGUCCAUAAAGCUGAUAGAACAGCUCCGAAAUGAGUCAAAUAAGUCAAAAUUGAAAGAAAUAAAACUGGAAGAAUCUAUCCGAUAUGCAGAUGGCGAUCAAGUGGAAAUCUGGAUCAACAAGUUAUUGUGUUUAAAAAAUGUUGCGUCUAAAAAGAAAAAAAUGGAUUCUAUUUCCAAUAUUGAUAACUGUGCCCUAUUUUAUAUUAACAGAGAUGUCUUAUUCAAUCAUCACCCGACAUCAGAAAAGUUCUUGAAUAAGCUCAUGGCUCUGUAUACUUCAUCUCAUUACAAGAACUCACCUAAUGAUCUUCAAAUGAUGGCUGAUGCCCCAGCUCAUCAUUUAUUCGGCUUACUUGAUACUAAAGACAAUGUAAACAAGAAAGAUGAAAAAUCAAAUAUGUCUGUCCCUGAAGUUUUAUGCUUCAUUCAAGUUUGUCUUGAAGGACAAAUUAGUGAAUAUUCAGUAUCAGACAAGUCACAAAAUAGUAAAAGACCAGGAGAUCUGAUACCUUGGACGUUGGCCCAGCAAUUUCAAGACAACAAAUUUCCAGCUUUAUCAGGUGCUCGUGUGGUCAGAAUAGCUACGAAUCCAGAAUAUGUUGGACAAGGAUAUGGUCGGCGAGCUUUACAGCUGUUGAUCGAUUAUUUCGAGGGGAAGUUCAUAAAUGAUCCGGAUACCAUUUCACAUGAGGAUGGCUCAGAAACUAAAGAAUCGCAUGCCCUUUUGAUAUCUUUAGAAGAAAGAAGACCUGAACGUCUCGAUUAUAUUGGUGUAUGUUAUGGGCUAACUUAUGAUCUAUAUCGUUUUUGGAAAUCUUCUGGCUUUGUUCCAGUUUAUUUACGUCAAACAGCCAAUGAGUUAACUGGGGAAAAUAGUUGUAUAAUGAUCAAAUUUUUGCAGCAUCGAAGGACUGAGUUUUCCAACACAAUUUCAAAGGAUUGGUUGAUAGAGUUUUGGACAGACUUCAGGCGUCGAUUUGUUUCUCUAUUGGAUCGUGAUUUCAAAAAAUUGCCCAUUCAAUUGGCUUAUGAAGUAAUAACAUCUGAUAAAAGUUUAACACAAACCAACAAUGUACUUCUAUCGCCUUCCGAGAUUGACGUGAUUCUAACUAACGAUGAUUUCAGUCGUUAUUCAUCUUUCAUUGUUAAUGAAUCUGUGUCACUGCAUGGAGUGUUUGAUUAUUUAACAGUUUUAUCCUAUUUUUAUUUCACUGGAAGGUUCACAUCGGAGUUAGAUAAAGAAGUAUGUAAUAUAAUGAUUGGCCUUGGUCUACAACGAAAAUCAUUGAAGGAAAUAUCAAAAGAACUCUCAAUAAACCAUGAUACAAUGACAUCUAAUCUAAGAAAAGGUUUAAAAAUACUAUCCGCAUCAUUCUUGAAAAUUAAAAAUGCGAAUGAUAAAACUAAGGUUGAAAUGUAACUCUAAUUUUCGCUCUCAUUAUAUUUAAAAUACAAUAUUUGACGCAAAAUUAAUUUUUUACUCUUGUAUAAACUAUCCAGACACUUGAUUGUUCAAAAACAGGAUAUAUUUAGACUCCUAAUUUAUAAGUCAUCAAAUAUGUCUUUUCUCAAUUUAUAUUGUUGUGAACCUUUGAACUGUAACAAUCUUUUCAAUAUUAAAUGUGAUUUUGGGAUGAUUA